AUGGCCGUUUCGCAGUCUGGGAAGGCCAAGACGGCGCCCAAAGCCAGCAAUGGCGCAACUCGCCGCGGCGCGCAGAUGCACCGCCGCUCAAGAACAGGCUGCUACACCUGCAGAUUACGACGCAAGAAGUGCGACGAGGGCACGCCUCUUUGCACAGCUUGCAAGCACCUUGGCCUGGCAUGCGAAUACAAGCGGCCCAUGUGGUGGAGCAACAACGAUGCGCGCAAGAAGCACAAGGAGGACAUCAAGGGCAUCAUCAAGCGCAAGAAGCUGUCGGAGAAGUCGGCGCACACGUCCAUGUCGACCUCUGUCACUUCAUCGCCCCCAGGCCUGUCACACUCGGUGCCCUCAUCCGCCACAUACACCGAUCCCAUGGACCGCAACAGGUCAGCGUCCAUCGACUCCCACUUCUCCAACGGCUUCAACUUCAACGGCCCGAUGCACCACGCCGACUACUCCGCCUACAACUCCCAAAUCGCCCCCGAGUUCAUGAUCGGCUCCUACUCGCCGUACGAGAUUGAUGUCAAGACGGAGCGCCAGAUGUUCAUCAACGACAUCCCGACGCUCAAGGAGUCCCAAGUCUCCACAUUCAGCACUUACUGCCCGCCUCCGCCGCCGGGGACCGUCCUGCAGUCGGGCGCCCUCCCUGGAAGCUGGGUCGAGCAUGUUCACGAGGAGCGCCGCGAAUCGCUGGCCGAGGAGGCGCUCAACGUCAACUUCUUUGACUUUGCUCACGGGCCCUCGUACGACUCCAGGCAGGUCAAGAUCGAGCUGGACGAGAACGACCAGCGCCUGUUUGACCACUUCAUCCAGUUUGUCUUGCCCACCAUCUUCCCCAUUCUGGAGACAAACCAGCACGGAUCGGUCGCCUCGGACUUGAUCCUCCCCGCUCUGCAGUCCAACAACACCUACCUGCACUGCUGCCUGAGCAUCGCCGCGCAGCACCUCAAAUCCCUGACGACCGGCCCCAGCGAAGACAUUGACCACGACAUCAUGCGACACCGCUACGCGACCAUCUGGUCGCUGUGCGAAUCGCUGAAGCGGGAUGAGAACUACCAGCAGAUUCUCGAGGCCACCCUUGGGCUCAUCUUCUUCCAGUGCGUCGUGGGCCGCUCGUCCAGCCAGGAGCUGCUCGACAUUCCGUGGCACCAGCACUUCCAAGCCGCCAUCAACCUGGUCACCAAGCUGGACCUCCCCGGUCAGGUCUUGGAUCCUGCCACGCCGAUGACGCAGACCCCGUUCAACAUGACCUUGACCGCCUGGAUUGACAUCCUUGGUGCCACCAUGCAGGGAACGUCCCCUACCUUUGCGCACACGUACCGCGAGAAGCACCUGUCUCAGCUGAAUCCCUCCAUGGGCCUGCGCGAGCUGAUGGGCUGCGAAGACCGAGUCAUGUACCUCAUCUCUGAGAUUGCCUGCCUCGAGUCGCUCAAGCGCGAUGGUAUGGAUGACUUCACCCUCUGCCAGCACGUGUCUGCCCUGGGUGAGCAGAUCAGCCUUACCGAGGUGAAUGAGCACACGCCCAAGAUGCCCUUCAACGGCAACGGCACGCUGUCGCCCAAGCAGCUGUCCAAGAACAUCACGGCCGCCUUUCGCCUGGCGGCACGCAUCUACCUGUGCAGCCUGGUGCCCGGCUUCAGCCCCCAGCAGCACUCGCCCAAGGGGCUCGUUGACAAGCUGACCAAUGUCCUGCAAUUCAUCCCCUCGGGCCCGGAAGGCUAUGACCGCAGCUUGGUCUGGGUCUACCUGCUGUGCGGCUCCAUCAGCCUGCCCGGCUCGGAGUUCCGCGUCCUCUUUGAGGAUCGCGUCGCGCAGCUUGGCGAGCAAGCUGACUGCGGCUCUUUUGGCCGCAUGGUCAUGGUGCUGCGCGGCCUCUGGCUUCACAACGACAACCUGUCCAGGAUGGGCACCCCCGAGAGCGUGGGCUCUGAGCCGGCCCAGCCAUACCUCCACUGGCGGGACCUCAUGCGGAUGCAGAACAUGGACUACCUGCUCAUGUAA